CACUUGUUCAUCUUCUCUUUUUCCCUUGAAUACCACCCUCAAAAAUAUAAUCUUGACUUCCCAAACAUUCUUCCCCUUCUGGGCUCUGAACAUACUUAAAUCAACUUACCUAUAAUGGCUCCUGCUUCUGCAUUCAAAUGCUACAAUCUUGUCCUCCUUACAAUAAUCCUCAUCUUUCCUGUCUCACAUUUACUUUCUAUAUCAGUUGCGGCGAGUGGUUCGGGUGAGGGAAAUGAAAUGGUGCAGCAAAAGAAGAAGAUAUUGGGUUCAAGGCCACCAGCUUGUGUAAACAAAUGCUUUAGUUGCAGGCCUUGCAUGGCCACUCUGGUUAUUCCUCCUCACCAUACCAAGUCGAAAACUGCUACUACUACUAGUAAUUACAGAAAAUCUAACAAAUAUUCAAGCGAUGAAGAUGAUACUUAUUAUCUCCUCUCCUGGAAAUGCAAAUGUGGAAAUAAGGUUUAUCAACCUUAAUUAAAUUUCUUAAUGCAAAUUUACCCCAGAAUUGAUCUGGGCAUCUACUUAUUAGUGUAUGUAUUUAACAAUCUAGUCUCUGUAUUAUUGAGUUUAUAUGUUGAUUUCAGUAAUCUGUUGGAUAAGUCCAUUAAUUUGUGU